AUGAACGAGUCGCCACCAACAAAACCUCCGCGCGGUGUUAAAUAUGGAAAAGAUGAGGCCGGCUGCGGUUUCCUCGUCAACGUCAUCAAAUCGCUGGGCUUUAGCGAAACAACAGAGGAACGCCAGCAAGAGAAGCUUAAGAUCGAAAAAGAAUUCAAACGUUCCGAUCAGCGCCUGAACGAGUUGGUAUCGCGUCAUGAUCAGCAGUUGACACAAGUUUUGCCACUGUUCAGUCAAGUGUCAACAGAGAUAACAUCCAGUCGAGAACGCAUACAUGGCGUGAAAGAAAAUUUAGGUGCUUGUAAGCGUUUACUACAAUGCCGCAGGGAGGAGCUGAAAAAGAUGUGGACCGAUGCGGUGCAGCAUAAGUAUGUGCUGGAGAUGUUAGAGCAAAUCAACGAAUUGCGUAAAGUGCCUCAACGUGUUGUCAGCUAUACAGCGAAACGGCAAUAUUUGCAUGCAAGUAAAGCGCUCACCGAUGCGCUAGCAACUAUACAAGGUCCGCUUAGCGAUGUUGAAGGAUUGGCCGACUUGCGUGUAGACUUACAAUCGCGACGCCAACAACUUUAUCAACGAUUGCACGAAGAGCUCGUGACACAACUCUACAAAAACUCUGCCGCAGAAGCAUACACCACUUUUCAACGCAAUAAUUCCAGUCGCCUGAAUUCGAGCUUUACAAGGGGUAUUGGGGCGCGACGCUCCACAGAUCGCAUCGAAGCGAAUUCACGUGUGCGCAAGGCACUCAUGGAAAUGGCGCAAGGUUUUGAUCUAGAGAAGUCCGAGGUAAUUGAUGAUGCCGACUUGGUUGAUCCCGAAUUGAGUAUGACCUACUUUAUUUCAAUUAUCGUCGAAUGUUUCGGCAUGUUGGGUAAAGUGCCCGACUCAUUGGAGUUGUUGCGUGUACAAAUUCAAACACAACUAUUAGAGGUAGUGCGGCAGACAACGUAUCAAUUGAUUGCGCUGAAUUUGAAUGCAAAUGAACGCGAUAAUCCUUUACUAACAUUGCUCGAAGUUAUCUUCAAACAGUUCAAGGCGAUCGCUAAAACUCAUGCGCUGCUGUUGAAAAACUACUUGGCAGUGGGACAAAAGUACACAGUAGUUGGACCGCAGCCAUAUGAUCUUACAGACUUUUGGGCGCAAGCACAGUCGGUGCUACAAUUGCUGUUAACCGAUUAUUUGGAUAUACAAAAUGCUUCCGGGGAUGAUGCAACACAAUCGGCGUUUGCUGAGCCAACUAACAAUAUAAAUUCGUAUUUUCUGCGGCGCAAAGUACCAAGUUCUAAAAAGUCGCUUUUCAAAUUUGACAAGUCGUCGCAUAUACCACCACAACAGAGUGUCACGCCCACAAUUGCCGUUAGUGGCGGAAGCGGUGUUAAGGAACAUCGGCGAAAUGCCUCCGACGUCUCCACAGAUGAUAAUCUGACCACAACUGCGCUUGGUGGUGGCGGCAGUGGUAGUGGUAGCGGUAAUUUUGCGCACCCCAAACAACAACGCGACAAGGUGCUGAUCUGUAAAGCCGACCAGAAUGUGAUAACUAAAGUCUAUUUGCCACUAAUGGCCUAUAUACAAGAAAUCGAGGGCUUCAUGAAAUGCAAGCCGGGUCAGCCCUGCAGUUUACACGAUUUCAUCGACAAUUACAUUAAGGAUACGUUCCUAUCGAAAGGUCACAAUCGCAAUUUACAAUUAACCAUCGAAUCAUUAUCGAAAAAUCAGGAUGCUUGGCGCACGAUUAUCACUCCAGAAGAGAUGAAAGCCAUGGCUUUGUCACGUCCACUGCUGCAAUGUACAGCCAUGGUGGAGCGGCGCCUGCAAGAGACCAAAACCCUCAUUCAAGAGUUGCCGUGCUAUUCGGAUGAGUUGCUGAAAAUGGUGUGCGCCCUCCUAAAGACGUACCGUGAAAUAUCGCAGGCCGCCUAUAGAGGUGUUGUACAACCAGAUUCGGAGGACAAACGCAUCUACAGUGUGGCUUGGUUAAAGGAUGAAGACAUUAGCCGAUUUUUAAAAACACUUCCUAACUGGACUGAUCUGAAAUCCUCCAACCACAACCAACGUGUGAAGCAUGGUAAGAAGCUGCAGCGUAACAAUUUCGAACCUUCGGAAGAGGAGAGUCCAAUGCAAGUGCAGCAACGCAACAUACGCGAAGCUGAAAUGCUCACUAGCAACUUGGGUGAGGGUGGCAUUACGCAGCAGGAAAUUCUAGCGGAUAUAAGUGUUCUGAAGGAGCUCGCAGUGCUGCAGGAGAGCAUGGAGUGGUUCUCUGGACGUGUGUCGGAAUUCGCCAACGAGCUGCGGAAACCUUUGGUAAAUGGCCUUAAUGUCAUCACGUCCGAGUGUACGGCCACGCAUGCGGCAGCCAUCAAAGAUGGCACCAUUAAAGUGUUGACCAAUUUGGCACUCGAAUUCGAUGAACUUGCCAAUACGUGCCUGUUGGUGUUACACCUGGAGGUGCGCGUGCAAUGCUUCCACUAUUUGCGUUCGAAGCCAGCUACCAAAUCCAACAGUUUCAUGGGCGCCAAGGAUGAUGAUAUCCUCGAACCGGAUCGGCAAGUGCAGAUGCUAACCAAACGUUUGGCUGAAAUGGAUGAGGCAUUCAGUGCAACGCUGCAUCCACGCAAGACUAGGUAUAUUUUCGAAGGUUUGGCACAUUUGGCCGCGCGCAUACUCAUACAAGCUUCCAACUAUCUGGAAAACAUCGAUCAAGCGACCGUGCAACGCAUGUGCCGCAAUUCGCUAGCAUUACAGCAAACGCUGAGUAAUAUUACAGCAUCACGCGAAGUGGCGCUGGAUCAAGCGAAGAACUUUUAUGAACUGCUCUGCAUGGAACCGGAUGAUAUUCUUACGAACAUCGUUGAAAAAGGCGCUCAGUUCACUGAAAUGCAAUACCUUAAUGCACUGCAGUUGUCAUGUAAGGCGCGUGGCAUAACCGAAUCAAAUGUCCUGGCGUCAUAUCAACAAAGGUUAUCAGAUAUUCUAGGCGCAAAACCCUCCACUGGCAUUGUUGUUUAAUGCUGUUUUGCAUAAAGACAAGUACGGCGAUUGAAAAACUUGUAACUUUAGCGACACUCUUACUCUAGCAAUUAAGACUGUUCGUUUCGCUUAACGAAAUGUACUAAAAUAUUACAAAAAUUGAAAGCUUGUGCAACUUUGCUUCUGUUUUUUUUUUACAUAUAAGGCACAUAAGGACAUUAACACGAAAAGCAUUCAUACACAGCUCUACAUACAAACAAAUACAAAACAAUAGUUAAAUGCAUUAAAGUAUGAGUGUAACGCAUUGCCUGAAACAGUUGGGUUUAUUUUUAGCUAUUAUUAUAUAAAAUAUUGAUACUAUUACAAAGUGGAAAUUAUUAAUUACAAUAAACAAAGUUACAUAUAUACAUAUACAUUAAAUA